AUGGCAUCAUCAUCAACAAUUCAAUUACUAUGGACGAUUGCUCAACAAUAUACUAUUUAUACUGCUUUUAUUAUUUUUAUUAUUGGAUUUGUUGGUAAUCUAUUAAAUAUUCUUGUUUUUACAAAACUUAAAAUUUUUCGAAAUAAUCAAUGUAUAUUCUAUUUAUUGAUUGAAUCUAUUGUUGAUAUCAAUGCCGUGAUAUAUAAUUUGAUUAUGCGACUUUUAACAGUAAUAUAUGGAUCUGAUUUAUCCCAAUAUUCGACUCCAUGGUGUAAAUUACGAACAAUGAUGGGACAGACAUAUUUAUUAAUUUCACUUUCUACAAUAUGUUGUGCUGCAAUUGAUCAAUUUCUUUCAACAAGUCAUUUGAUUCAUUUAAGACAAAAAAGUACAUUAAAUUUAGCUCGACGUUUAGUGAUUAUAUCUGUAUGCUUUUCAAUUGUUCAUUCUAUUGGAUUUGGAGUUUUUUAUAAUGCUAAACCAUUCGUUGAUUGUUUAGUUUCCUAUCAAGUAUUAGUUCAGUAUUAUUCAUAUUUUUUUUAUCCAAUUCUAUGUGGUCUUUUACCAAUUUUCAUUUCUGGUUCAUUUGGUUUUUUAGCUUAUCGUAAUGUUCGUCGAAUUGUUCGACGACAAUUACCUAUUGUUCGAAGACGUCUUGAUCAUCAAUUGACAAAAUUUGUUUUAGUACGUGUUAUUUUUCUGAUUAUUUGUCUUUCACCUGUUUGCAUAUUUCGUAUUUAUACAAUUAAUACUAUUACCCAACCAUCAAAUCCACUCCGUAUGGCUAUUGAAAGAUUAUUUCAAGCAUUUAUAGGUUCAAUGUUCAAUCUUCAUUUUGCAGGAAAUUGUUGUAUUUUUUUGGUUUCAUCAUCACGAUAUCGUCGACAAGUGAAAUAUGUUUUAAUAAAAGAAUAUUGGAAUUCAUGGAAACGAAAAUUUCAUUUUAAUCAUCGUCAAAUUGAACCUAUUGCUCCACCAACAGUUUCUAGUAAUGAACUUGAAUAA